GGGAAAAAGGUGGUUGUCCAAAUUUGAUGCUGAGAGAGUCUCCUCGAGUCUGACGGGACACCCCUUUCCGCCCGACCCCCUUGCCCAGGCCGUGCCUUGAGCUUUCGUCCGCUCCCUGUCGCCCUCCUCCCGCCUUCUUUUCCCUCUGUUGGGGUUAGAUAUGGCCGCCGCCACGGCAUUUUCCUGCGCCACUGGAGCGUCGUUGGCCUGUGGUGGUGGGCCCACCACCACCACCAGCGCCAGCGCCAGCGCGGCUCCCGCCACCACGAAACGACAUACUUUCAACGCCGCCAUUUUUGGCUGUCACUCCCGCCAAUUUUUCAGUGGAGGGGUCUCUAAAAAUUCAAAUCUUGCCCACUUGAGCAGCGGCGGGCCCUGUAGUGGCACCAGCCUAUUUUCUGGGACAACUGGGCCCUCACCCCUUUCGUUGAGGAGGGUCCUUGUGAGUUUCUACAGCCGGGCAGGAGCCCCACCGCGGCGGAAUCUGUCUAUAGUCCAGCCAAUUGCUGCCGCGAAGGUCUUAACACAGGACGACCUGAAGAAGGCAGCAGCGGAGAAGGCUGUGGAGUAUGUCGAAAGCGGGAUGGUCUUGGGCCUUGGAACUGGUUCCACUGCAGCUUUUGCUGUCGCAAGGAUAGGAGAGCUUCUGCAAAAUGGGACUCUGAAGAAUAUUGUGGGAAUACCCACCUCAAAGAGAACGCAGGAGCAGGCUGCCUCUCUUGGCAUUCCACUCUCUGGCCUCGACGACCAUCCAGUCAUCGAUCUGGCAAUCGAUGGAGCCGACGAAGUUGAUCCCGACCUUAAUCUGGUCAAAGGACGUGGUGGGGCUCUUCUUCGUGAGAAGAUGGUAGAGAUGGCCUCAAAGAAAUUUGUCGUUAUCGUCGAUGACACAAAAAUGGUUGAUGGGCUCGGAGGUAGUGGAUUGGCAAUGCCGGUAGAAGUCGUACAAUUCUGCUGGAGGUAUAAUUCCUACAGACUCCAGAACCUUGCUGAGAUUGCAGGCUGUGAGGCUCGUCUGAGGAUGGACGGUGACAAGCCGUAUGUUACUGACAACUCUAACUACAUCAUCGAUCUCUACUUCUCGACUCCCAUCAAGGACGCUCAAGCUGCCGCCAACGCAAUCUCUUCUUUGGAGGGGGUUGUUGAUCACGGGCUGUUUCUCGACAUGGCAACUGCCGUUAUCAUCGCUGGGAAGGAAGGAAUCGAACUCAAGGAGCGUUGAUUGAUUGAUUGAUUGAUUGAUUGAUUGAUUGAUUGAUUGAUUGGACUUGAACUUGUGUCUAUCAUUGUGUGUGUGUGUGUGUGUGUGUGUGUGUGUGUAUGUGUGUGUGUGUGUGUGUGUGUGUGUGUG